AUGGGUGUGAAGAAGAAGGUUCGCAAGUUUGCUCAGGUCAAAAGGGCUAUCACUUUGCGAGAUAAUCGACUAAAACCCCAAUCAGAGACGACCGACAAGAAAAAAGAGGACGAUGUAGUGCGCGAAAUCCCUCAGGUUUCGUCGUCUCUAUUUUUCCAGUACAACACAUCUUUAACGCCGCCGUACUCGGUACUUGUCGAUACCAAUUUCCUCUCUCACAGCGUCCAGCAUAAACUGGAGGUGAUUCCGACGAUGAUGGACUGCCUCUACGCGAAAUGCAUUCCCAUCAUCACAGACUGCGUGCUGGCCGAGUUGGAGAAGCUGGGGCAGAAAUACCGACUGGCUCUGCGGAUCGCCAAGGAUCCCCGUUUCGAGCGAGUAAAAUGUGAUCACAAGGGCACCUAUGCAGAUGACUGUAUCGUGGACCGGGUGAUCAAACAUAGAAUCUACAUUGUCGCCACCAACGAUCGAGAUCUCAAAAGAAGAGUUCGAAAAAUUCCUGGUGUUCCAAUUAUGAACGUUGCGCGGGGGAAAUACACGAUAGAACGCCUCCCCGAUGCGCCGGAGAAAUAG